UACUUGAACACCGGCCGCGACAUCCGCUGCAUGGAGUCGAACACGCGCAGCCCAAUCUUUGCCAACUUUAGCGAGCUUCUCAAAGGCGUUGUCACCGUGCGUGCGUUUGGUGCGGAGCAACACUUCCUGGACGACUUAUAUGCCAAGGUCGACACGACGACAGUGAUGUGGUACACUUACUGG